UAUGUUGUUUUAUUGUACCAUUCAGUUAUGUGAUAAUUUUGAAUUUACUAAUUUUCUUUUUAGUGUUAUUUACGAUUCUAUGAUGUGCCGAUUUUUAUUGUAAAUUUUUCUAUAUAAGUGAAUAUUCAAAAUACUAAAAUACUUGAGUGAGUACUGAGUAAAUUAUUUAUACUUUUGACUGUGUAUUGUGUGAAACGAUACUUAAAUGUGCCAUUAGUGUAGACUGUAGGAGUAUAAUAGUAACAUAGUGUUUAUACGUUGAAUACUAACUUACAUUCAUAGUAUUAAUAUUUAAUAUUAAAAAAAUGGUCAUAAAGAAAUCUAUCGUAAAAUUGUUUGAGAAGGCAGGCGAUGUUGGUCCUCAGCCAAAUUUGCUGAAAAUGCUUAAAGACAAAUUCCUUGAUAUGUCUUGGGCAGAAUUUUCCGUACUGUUCAUGGAUGCAACUAUGUCUGUUAUAGUUACACAAACUACCAUCCAUUGUGUAACAGUCAACAAUAUGAUUAAGUUUGCUGCUAAUGGUUUAUCUGUAUUGUCUGAAUACUCAACCAAGGACGGUCGUAGUGGCUUGUAUUUGAUAUCCGAGUUUUUCCAAUUGUGUCGUAAGUAUGGAAAUGCCAAUGAUAAAGCUAUCAGAUGGAGGUUUUGUCUAUUUCUUAACCAUUUGUUGAAUCACAUGACUGAAGGAACAGUAUUAUCUGUAGAACUAUGUGACGUUGCAACAAUGUUGUUGUUAGACCGCUUGCAAGACAAGAAACCAGAAGUUCGAGCACAAGCUGCACAUGCUUUAAAUCUGUUGCAAACUCCAGACAAUCCUAAAUGUCCCGUUGUUAAAAAAUUCAUGUUCCAUAUGACUUGUGAUUCUAGCGUUGAAGUUAGGACAGUUAUUGUUAAAAAAAUCGCAAUGUUUAACAAUGUUAUUGAUGAAAUGAUGAAGAACACAUUAUUUGAUGUUAGUGAUAAUGUCAGAAGAGAAGCUUACAAUCGUUUCUUGGAAUAUCCAUUUUUAAGGUUAUCAUCCAAGCAAAGACAAACAUUAUUGGAGAUAGGAUUGGAAGAUAAAAAUGAAUCUAUCAGAUCAUUAGUGAAAAAACGGUUUUUGGAGAGAUGGUUAGAUGCCUGUAAUAAUGAUUUUGUAGUGUUAUUGAACAAUUUGGGAGUGGAUAAUGAAAUUGUAUGCGAAAAAGCUCUGAAUAUAAUAUUUGAGACCUAUUAUGAUAGUCAGGUUUUGGAUUUUAUAAAUGAAUAUUUAAAUUCAGAUUCACGAAUGAUUGCAUUUGAUAAGUUAAGUGUAGAAAAAAUUUUUCUUUGGAAAUGCAUAGCCAAAUAUUUAACUACUGAGAAAAAAAUUGAAUUAGCUCGCAACCAAGGACAUGUAGAGGACUAUUACGUUGAUGUUUUAUUACCAGAUUUGGUAAAGUUUUCUGAUUAUAUACGCGAUUAUUAUUUUAAUUCUAUGAAUAGUAAUGAAUUUAUACUCAUACAGUUGUUGGAUAUGACUAGUGCAUUUGCAAUGGACGAUGUCGGGGCAGAAAGUCUAAACAAACUUUGCUUAGAUUUAAUAUUGGAUGAUCAAUUGUCUGUAAAGCCUAUAAAAUCUGUGGCAGUAUUGUUCGGCUUGACUUUCAAAAAUGGUAAAGACCUUUUAAAUUAUGUUAAACAAAUCUUAAAUAAAAUUCAAACAAGAACAAUUGAUAUCUACCCUUUAAUUGAUAAAGUUGGUACAAAAGAAUUAUUAGAAUUUCAAGUUAAAUCACAAACUGAUAAAAUUGAAGAAUUAUUAAAAAAUGAAUCUCCAGAUACAAAGGAAAUAGAAAUGUUAAUAUUGAAAUUGAAGAAAUUGAAAAAACAGUAUAAAGAAAUAAAUGUAUUGCCAGAAGAAAAGAUAUUAGUAGAUAUGGCUGUGAAAAAUGUACUUAAGGUCUUUGAACUGGUUUUUCAAGUUCAACAACUACCAAAAGUUGGUAUUGAACUUUCCCUAUUAACAGAUAUUGUUCAGAAUAUUGUUGUUGGAUACUUGGAAUGUUCUAAGGUAAAUGUACGGAUGGAAGCAAUUCGCUCUCUUUCACCAUACUUGUUGGUAAAUAAUGUUCCUGCAGCCAAAGUACACAUGAAUACUUUAUGUAGUGAAAUAGCAAGACCCAUGACUGAUAGGCACUUGUUAUUCAAAAUAAUGUUUGAAUUGUUCAUGCGUUAUGAUCUCAAAACUUUUGACAUGAAUGAUGACUUGGACACAGAUGAAGAAUAUGAAGAUGACUUUAGUGUUGACAAUAUUUUACCAUUACUAGUUAACUGUAUUGAUUAUAAUGUCGAUGAUAGUAGUUUUAAGUCAGUGGUUGUAAAAGGUUUUUGCGACUUAUUGAUAUUUAAAAAAGUCAAGUCCAUCAAUUUACUAUCUAAACUUUUGUUAAUAUGGUUUAAACGUUUAUCACGAGAAACAUUCAGUAUAUAUAAUCAUUUGGUGAAAUUCUUUACAUCUUAUGUGUUUUACAUUGAUUCAAGUAGUAGUGCAUUGGCCAUGUGCUAUGUUCCAGUGUUAAAAGAAAUUUAUGAAUACAAUUUGGCGGAAAAGUUGGGUAUUAAAAUAGAUGAAGUGAACUCAACUUUAAUGAACCUCACUCGAGGACUUAUGUACAAGAAUGAAAAAAAGGCUAUUAACGCUCAUGGUGAACUAGCAUGUUACAUACUUGAUUAUUUAUUAGACGAAAACCAGCCCUUUACGGCUAUGUUAGUAGAUACCCUGUACAAGUUAGAAAUUGAUUUUGACAACAAUGACAAAUUGGUAAACACAAUUGGCCCAAAAUUGUUGCGUGUGAUCAAAUAUUUAAAACAUUCGGAUGACAAAAACAGUUCAAAAUAUUUGAAAAAAAUUAAAAAUAAAUUUGAUCCAGUUCUACAGAAAAAGGAAUCUUUUAUGAAAAAAAUGAAUGAAAAGAAAGUUGAUGCCACUGAAAAGGAAGUUGAUGUCACUAAAAAGGAAGUUGAUGUCACUGAAAAAGAAGUUGAUGCCACGGAAACGGAAACGGAAAAAGAGCAGACUCAAGGACCUUCGACCGUCAACAAUGAACCGGACAUGGUAGAAGUUCAUGAAGAUUUGUUUACACAAGAAAAUUUAAUAAUCAUGAGUAGUGAUGAUGAAGACGACAGCAUAGAAGGAUUUCAGACUACAAAACUGGAUGCAAUGAAACGUUUGUCGGAAGUUUUCAAAAGAAGUUUCAACGCAAAUACAUAUGAAUUAACUUCAGAUGAUAGUGAUUAAUUUAAUUAAUUAAUUAUUUUGUUUUUAAACAUUAAUCGUACAAAUUUCUCAAAAUUAUUCCAAGGGCACUACUAGCCAUACAAAAUAUAAAUAUAUUAACAAUUUAAUGUCAUUCAUUUUGUUAGUUUCAAUUAUAAUCUUAUAAAAAUAAUUUUCUUAUUAAUUAAUAAUGUAUUGAUAGUAACAACAAUACUUUUAAAAUACAAUCAGACUAUAUUUUGUUUAAUAACAAAUAUGAUGUAUGAACUUCCUGUCUAUUUUCCUAACUAUUUUUAACAUAAUAUCCACCUUCAUACAUGUUUUGGCUCCUGCUAACCCUACAAGCCAUAACUUACUGUUUAUAGAUAAUAUUAUUAUACAUAUAACUUUCUAGAAUCUGCAUUGUCAGUUUUGUCAACUAUCGUAUUUGGAUGAGUCUUACCAUGCUGAAUGAGCUUUUAAUUGGUUAUCAAUAAGAACUAGAACUGGCUGAAUUUUAGUACUGAAGAGCGCACAAUUGGCUAAAAAGUUUGAAAACCACUAUAUUACAAGCAUUAGUAAGAUAAAUAAAAUCUGUAAUGCCAUGGUAACGUAUAGUAACUAAUAUAUAAUAUAAACUAAUAAAAUUAAAAUUGUAUAUACUACAAGUCCUAUCUAGAAGAUAGACAUUUCUCUGUACGAUAUGGCUCAGCCUUAUCUGAAAUAUCAUUAAUUAGAGCUGGAGUCCCAUCGUACCUAUCUAAUUCAGCUUGUACACAUCAGGCCAACUCACUACCAACUUUAGUAUCACUGGCGACUUUGCUGAUAAUAAAGUUAUCCUAACCCUCAAACAGGAUCCAAACACAAUUUAGCAUGGUACAAAGAGUGGGGAUUCAAAGUUAAUGAAUCCAAAUCCAUUCACUGCCCAUUCAUACUCAAACACAAACUGUCACACUCAACAAACAACCUCUCCCCAACUGCCCAAAAUGUUUGUUAUCUAACUGGUCUAUACCUAGAUCGUCUAAAUCUUCCCAAACAAUCCCGUAACGUUCCAGGCCGGCGUUUAAAGGGUAACUAGUAUUUGUGACCAGCUAGUCGACUAAACCACAUCAUUAAGUCCUAAUACCGAAUAGUAUCUUAAAUCAAGUCAUUCAAGAACACUUACAGGGCUUGACUGGGCAGGUGGGAUACCGAGAGUUUCCCGGUGGGCCGCUUCUACUUGUAGGGACGUUUUUUUUUUGAGGUUUAUCAAUUAAGACUCAUUCUGUCGACAGACAUAAACGCAUUGUCUAAUGCGAUUGUUUUAGAAAACUUUUAGAGUUAAGGAAAUUCCUCAAAAUAGGUAUGAAAAAAUGUAUAAAUUGUCAAAAAUAGAUGCUUGUGUGUUGUGUCAUAAUAUUAUUGUCUUAAUGUCUUCGUUAAUUGGGAAUCCCUACCUUAUGUCUGUACCGCCUAAAAUGUGUGACAAUUACCAUGAUAUAAACUCCCAACUAUUCCGGUACCGCCAUAGUGGCUGAACUAAGGUAUAAUAAUGUGACUCAGUGGACACAAUUUCGCAAGAGCUCAAACCAUAGGCGUAGAAUGGUAGGGGCUAAAGGGGCUAUAGCCCCCCACGUAUUCUGUUUGGCCCCUUGUGUAAAAGUUUACUGUUUUAUACAUCCAUAUUAUGUGAGAACUGGAAAAAAUUUCUAUUAUUAUAGCAAAUAAAACAUGGCUUGGAAAUUCUAUGACUAGCUUCUUAUUCUUUGAAAAUCUAUCGUUAUUUCAUAUUGUAAGGGAUUUAGCUAAUAUUAUUAAUUCUGAAGAUAUUCUUAAUAUAUUUGCACAAAAAAGUAGGCGUUUUAACCUUAUACUAUAGUAAUAAUUCCCAAUUUCAAAUUUUUUUUUUUCAUAUUUAAUUCAAAUACAAAAUAUGUAAUUUAUAAUAAUGUGAUGUAUGGUAGUAUACAUAUGUAUUUUAAAUAAAAAUGAUUACAUUUCUUUAUACUAACUACUAACCAAUUUUUAAUAAUAAUAUUAAGUGUUGUUUUUACAGGUUACCUAAGUGGGCUGAUUUUUUUUAUUUUACCGGUAGAAAUUUUUGAUCCAGUCCGGCCCUACUUAUUUAUCCCUCAAUCUAUUGUUGCCACAGAUAUAUAAAAAUACUAGAUAGCCGACUUCCGUAUUAUUAUUGUCACCAAUAAAAUGGCUACCAUCGUUAUCUAAGAGGUGAAUAUUUAUGUUGUAUUGUAUUGAUAAGUAACAAUG